AUGGUCCGCAAACUCACGCAACUCGCCAAAAAAGUGCCCACCCGGCCGGAAGGCUGGGUCGGUCCCGGCGCUCCUCUGGAGGCGCGCAAGCAGGUCUUUCUACCGGACUUCACCAUCGCCCUCAUCCGCACCCCCUUCCUCCCGCCCCGCUACGCCUCCUUCUACGUGCCGCUCAACCUCAACAAGCUCGACAUGCGCGACUACCUGCAGCGCGCCUACGGGGUCGGCGUGCUGGCCGUGCGCAGCUUCGUCGAGCAGCAGAAGGUCACCCGCAUGAAGUCCAAGGGCCGGUUCGGGUACGGCCCGCUGCGCCGUCCGCAGAGCAAGAAGCGGAUGACCGUUGAGAUGAAGGAGCCGUUUGUGUGGCCCGAGGCGCCCAAGGAGAUGGAUAAGUGGGAGAAAGACCAAUACUACAAGGCCGCCAAGUGGCAGCAGGAGAUGCAGGACGCCCAGAAGCCCGAGGCCGGCAUGUUGGCCCCCAAGAAGGAGCGCGAGUCGUACGCCGCCGAGGCCGAGAAGAUCCUCAGCGGCGAGAAGCCCUGGCGGCCUACUUGGCAGGCCCUGGGGUUGAAUUACGAUCGUGCGGUGGGCGGGAAGGCGGCUACCAGUCCUAAGGAUGGGUCGAGGUCGUGA